UAAAGAGUCGGCCGUGGCGGAUCGGGGAAGGCUCGAGGGUUUUUUUGUUUUGUUUUGUUUUUUGUGUGUUUCGGAGGUGGUGGCGGGGGGACACGAACAGUGGACACGUGCGACGCGCGAAUGGCGGACAUCCGAAAGAAACUGGUGGUGGUCGGCGACGGCGCGUGCGGGAAAACGUGUCUCCUGAUCGUUUUCAGCAAAGAUGAGUUUCCCGAAGUUUACGUGCCGACCGUGUUUGAGACCUACGUGGCGGACAUCGAGGUGGACAACAAGCAGGUCCAGCUGGCGCUGUGGGACACCGCCGGCCAGGAGGACUACGACCGCCUGCGGCCGCUGUCCUACCCGGACACUGACGUCAUCCUGAUGUGCUUCUCCGUGGACAGCCCGGACUCUUUGGAGAACAUCCCCGAAAAGUGGGUCCCCGAAGUCAAACACUUCUGUCCGAACGUGCCGAUCAUUCUGGUGGCCAACAAGAAGGAUCUGCGCAACGACGAGAACGUGCGCGGCGAACUGUCGCGCCUGAAACUGGAGCCCGUCAAGACGGAGGACGGCCGCGCCAUGGCCGUGCGCAUCGGCGCGUACGCCUACUUGGAGUGCUCUGCCAAAACCAUGGAGGGGAUAUGGGAAGUGUUCGAAACCGCCACGCGUGCUGCCCUGCAGAAACGAACGACACCAUCCGGAAACUGUCUGAAAUGUUGCGUUCUGAUGUGAGUCAGCAGGGUGGAGGGACUAAGAACACACACCCCAGCGCGUUUUCGAAACCUCCCUCUGGGGAAAUCAUCUGAUAUCAGAGUGUGCAACAUGGGCGGAUCCAGCGGGUGGCCUUGGGUGGCACGGCCACCCCAGUGCUGUAAACUGCAGAGGCGGGACUUUGAUGAGAAAAUUGGCAACUGUGUGCCUCAUCUUUUGGUCAUAUCACACACUGAUUUUAUUUUAUUAUGUGUUGUGCAGACUUUUAGACCUGAAGGAUUUUGUUUUUAAUUCAUUAACGUGGUGUGUGCAUGCAUGUGCCAGGGUCAUUCCAGUCAAAUAAGUCUGCACACGGCAUGUUUCUUUGUGGGUCACCUGAUCGUUAUAAUCAAAUGACAGGAGUAUGUGCAGCCAAUGGUGGUUAAAGCUAACAAUGUUCAUCAGUGGUGGUGAGACAGAAGAAAUGUGUAGCACAGUGGGGCGCAGAAUUGUUCCGUUACGCAGAUGGUUAGUUGCAGUAAAUGCAAAUAACAGGUGCAGGAAACAUCUAUGGGCACCUUAUUUGUCCAUCUGAUUCACUCAUGGCAAAGUAUGUGGUGAUAUUAGCAUGGUGGGGAAUUUGCACUUUAAAUAGAAAAUAUGACAGUGUUAAGUUUAGAGCUGAAACCAUUAUUUGAUUGUGACUUUUGAAUUUAUUAAUUGGAGAAUUUACUCCUUUUUACACAUUUGUAAUAAAAUAAAUUUAGACUUUUUAAACAUUCACACUAAGGAUAGACUAGUUUUAAACACUUUUAAGAGUUUUUUUUUUUUGUACAAAAUCUCUUAUUAGGUACAUUAAUAUGUUUGGGAUUUCAUGUUAAACACUGUCAACCUUCCACAAUUUUAAUGUUUACGCAUGUAGAAACUUGCUGUUACAAAAAAAAUUUGCCUGAAACUUUCUAACCAUUAUAUCUGCCCUUUAGAGGGGUGUGGCCAGCAACAGGUCCUUUCCUUUUAAAGGAACAGGUACAGAAUAAACUUGAAGUUUACGUGUAGUACACAUCACCUCAGUAUCUCACAGGUGAUUUCUAUCUACACAUUUUUAAUGUUUCAUUUAAAACACCUACUGAUAUAUAUUUGAUUGUUUAAAAGGUGUUUAAUAUGACCCUUUUAAAGCCCAAAGUACCUAGCUUCUAAGCUGGAUAAUAAGAGAAAAAAAUUUGCACUUACAUACUGAUAGUACACUUAUUUUCCCUACAAAGCAUAGUUGCAUGAUACAUUGAAAUGUUACAAAAAUAAUAAUUUUGAUAAUUAUUUGUUAAAAUGUGUGUUUUUAAGUCUCAAAUGUGACAAUUUCUUCCCUCCCUGAUUUAUUUCUUGUAAAAAUGGUUGGACUGUUAUUAAACAUUAUAAGGGCAGACAGUUUUAAAGCGCUUUUUAAGUUUCCAAAUUUGGGAUAUAAACCAAAUACUGGCUUUUGAAGUGGUUUUAAAUCAGUGGUACACUGGUUUACAGUUAAUUUAUGUUUUAUUUUUUUUAAAAAUGUAGUUCCUUUUGAUGUUUUACAGAGUUGCAAAAACUUACUUUGUGUUGAAAUGCAGUUAAAAUUGCAAAUAAUGUUAUUGCUGAUAAAGUAUUUUUGGGGUGGGGGGUUCAUGGUGUCUUGUUACUGCAUUUUACCCCACAUGGGUCAAAAUCCUAAAAUGAUUCCAAACAAGAUAAAUUUUUGAUUAUGUUGGCGAUACAAGAUUGUAAAUCUUUUAUUUGAACACUAAAACAUAAGAUGAUAAUGGUGUUGAAGAAAAUCCUUUUUAUGACUUAAAGCAUUAAAAUCCAAAGGGGCUACACUUUAAACUUGCUGUUACUGAUUGGCAGAGAGAGAAAAAAAGUGGAUAUCUUUGGAUUUUGGACUGCCGUUUGGGCACAACAAUUCAUUUGAAGAUGUCAUCCUGGGUUCUGAAAAACGGCGAUUACUUUUUGUGACUGUUUUCUGAUAUGUCAGUGAAUUGAAUGAUGAAUUUUUUUGUAAAGAAAAAAAAAACAAGCAAAUUAUUGUGUUCUGAAAAUAAUUGUUGGUUCUAAUUUGUGAAAAUGUACAAUAUAUUUGGAUGUUCUUUCACUGACAUUUUUACAUAUAAAAUUUAAAUGGAAAGUUUUUGUUUUUUAAAUAAAAGCAACUAAAAUCUACA